GCUAACGCAUGUCCUACUAUGCGAACAAAGUUUGUAAAGAAUGGUAAACUCGAUAAUAAGGUCGACCAGAAUUUUCGUAAAAUCAAUGACAACUGGCCGGGCAUUGGAUACGCCCGUAACUUAACAGCCAGUCCAUUACAAGAUGCUUUACCUGGAGUUGCCUACUAUGGCAUCGCACACGUUAGACGCCCGGCCAUUGAAUACACGGACUCCAUGCUAAAUCAGCUCUGGGAAAGUUAUUUCAAUGGCGAUGACAAUGAAAUGGUGUCCUUUGUAUAUGAGGACAGGGAGGAGGCCUACAAUCGGGCCAAUGCUCUCGACGCUAAGGUUGAGACCGACGCUCGAAAAGUUGGAGGGGAUAGUUAUGUGAAAGUAGUCUCCGCAGCACUUAGGCAGGCUUAUGGUGGUGUUGAAAUGGUGGGCACAAAGGAUAAGCCGUGGAUGAUGAUGAAGGAGAUAUCAUCGGAUGGAAACUGUCAAACAGUGGAUGUAAUUUUCCCUUCAAUUCCCGUCCAAUUAUACUUGAAUCCAAUGCUUUUGAAGUACAUUUUGGACCCAUUGCUGGACAAUCAGGAGAGAGGGUUGUUUCCCAAGAAGUAUUGUAUACAUGAUUUGGGGACUCAUUAUCCCCGUUGUAUUGGACACACAGAUGGCAAACAGGAGGACAUGGAGGUGGAGGAGAGCGCCAAUAUGGUGAUCAUGAUGUCUGCCUAUGUCAGGGCCACUAAUGAUAAACAAUUUGCUGAAAACCAUUACACAAUUGCUAAACAAUGGACACAAUAUUUAGUGGAUAACGGGUUGAUCACCGGCGAUGCUCUAACCACUGAUGACUUUUUAGGAAGAACUAAAAACUCGACAAACCUUUCGGCGAAAGCUAUUGUAGGCAUCGGAGCUAUGGCUCAGUUGGCGGAAGUGGUCGGCAAUCAUGACGACCAACAAAAGUAUAGACAAAUCGCUGAGAAAUAUGUGACGGAAUGGAUUCGUAUGGGAGAAGACCCCUCUAAUAAACACAUGAAACUCAGUUAUAAUGACAACAACACCUGGUUUUUAAUGUAUAAUUUCUAUGCGGAUGUGCUUUUGGGCACUAAAUUGAUCCCAGAAUCGAUAUACAAACAACAGGACGAGUGGUACCUAACUGUGCAGAAUAAAUACGGCGUUCCCUUAAUGAGUGGUAAACCUAAUACUCUGUAUGACUGGGUUUUCAUUACAGCCGCCGCCUCUACUAACGCCAAACUCCGACAGUCUAUGUUUGAUAGGACUGCCCAAUGGCUUAGGGAAACCUCAGUCCACGUGCCCUUUUCCGACUGGGUUGACACACAAACUGGUGGUUCCCCAGGAUUUGUCAAUAGGCCGGUUAUCGGGGGUAUAUUCGCGCCGUUGACUGCUUAUGGUGGUGUUGAAAUGGUGGGCACAAAGGAUAAGCCAUGGAUGAUGAUGAAGGAGAUAUCAUCGGAUGGCAACUGUCAAACAGUGGAUGUCAUUUUCCCUUCAAUUCCCGUCCAAUUAUACUUGAAUCCAAUGCUUUUGAAGUACAUUUUGGACCCAUUGCUGGACAAUCAGGAGAGAGGGUUGUUUCCCAAGAAGUAUUGUAUACAUGAUUUGGGGACUCAUUAUCCCCGUUGUAUUGGACACACAGAUGGCAAACAGGAGGACAUGGAGGUGGAGGAGAGCGCCAAUAUGGUGAUCAUGAUGUCUGCCUAUGUCAGGGCCACUAAUGAUAAACAAUUUGCUGAAAACCAUUACACAAUUGCUAAACAAUGGACACAAUAUUUAGUGGAUAACGGAACUAAAAACUCGACAAACCUUUCGGCGAAAGCUAUUAUAGGCAUCGGAGCUAUGGCUCAGUUGGCGGAAGUGGUCGGCAAUCAUGACGACCAACAAAAGUAUAGACAAAUCGCUGAGAAAUAUGUGACGGAAUGGAUUCGUAUGGGAGAAGACCCCUCUAAUAAACACAUGAAACUCAGUUAUAAUGACAACAACACCUGGUUUUUAAUGUAUAAUUUCUAUGCGGAUGUGCUUUUGGGCACUAAAUUGAUCCCAGAAUCGGUUGGAUACUUGUUUUACAUUAUAUACAAACAACAGGACGAGUGGUACCUAACUGUGCAGAAUAAAUACGGCGUUCCCUUAAUGAGUGGUAAACCUAAUACUCUGUAUGACUGGGUUUUCAUUACAGCCGCCGCCUCUACUAACGCCAAACUCCGACAGUCUAUGUUUGAUAGGACUGCCCAAUGGCUUAGGGAAACCUCAGUCCACGUGCCCUUUUCCGACUGGGUUGACACACAAACUGGUGGUUCCCCAGGAUUUGUCAAUAGGCCGGUUAUCGGGGAUGUGUUACCAUCAGUUCCCCUUGUGGUCAAAAGUCCAUACCUGUCCACAUGGAUGACCAGUCGCCAAUUGAUGGGCGAUUGGCCCCGAUUCUGGAACGGAAACAUUAAAGGUAUGGCCGGUUUGGUGAGAGUGAACGGACAGACCUACGAGUUUAUGGGUCACCCGACUGGAGAAGAUAUCGGUACUAAAUUGCAGGCCAAACAGGUGUCCCUUAAGGUGACUCCCACUCAGUCUAUAUUCACGUUCAAUGCCGGCCCCAUCGCACUGGCAGUCAAUUUCUUCACACCCAUAGACCCGACAGAUCUCAAGCGACUGUCACUCCCGGCCUCUUAUAUAUCUGUGAGCGCCUGGUCUCUGGAUUCGGCAACUCAUGAGAUUGAGGUAUAUCUCGAUAUAUCUGCCGAAUGGACGUCCGGUGACUCCAAUGAAGAGGUGGUUUGGGAUAUGAAGGAAAUCAUAGGAAAUAAAACCAUAAUUACUGGUGAUAUGAGACUCAAGAAUCAAAAGAUAUUUACUGAAAAUAGGGAAUCGGCUCAAUGGGGAACUGUUAAGUUCUUCACCGAUUCCACUGUCACUCAUGAGGCUAAUUCAUGCUUUACAAUGAGGUCGAAAUUUGUAAAGAAUGGCAAACUCGACAAUACAGUUGACCAGAAAUUCCGCAAAAUUAGUGACAACUGGCCAGGUAUUGGAUAUGCUCGGGCUAUGACUGCCAGCCCCUUAAAAAAUGCAUCACCAAAAGUUGAGUACUAUGGCAUCGCACACGUCAGGCGCCCCGCAAUUGAAUACACGGACUCCCAGUUGAAUCAACUCUGGGAAAGCUAUUUCAGUGGCGAUGACAAUAAAAUGGUGGACUUUGUAUAUGAGGAC